AUGGAUUUGAUGGCUGCAAAGCAAGUAAUUCAAAUUGCCGGCAUGGCAGACCACCACAACCCGGCACUUCAAAGCCCGCAUGAGGUUUACCAAAUUCCUCUUCGACCAGUUAAAUUUCCUCUUAUGCUUCCCGCUUAUGCACCUGAUUUUCCCGAUCAAGGAUGUUCAACCUUAGCUUUUUCGUCCACGGAGUCUAUUGAAGUUUCAUCUCAAAAGCUACUUCAAGCCAGUAGAUCCUUCUUUGAUCUUCCACCUGAGUAUAAAUCCCAGUUUCUUACCGGAAAGGGUACCGAAGAAGGAUGGAAUCGUGUGGAGGGCGAGAAGGAAUUUAUCACUCUGCGUGAAAUUAGUACAACACCCCCAGAAUUACUGGAUGCAGCGAAAGAGUUCUGGGAAAUUGCUGGGAAUGUCUUGAAUAAAAUAUUGGGGGAAAUUGCUACUAGUCUGGGGAUGAAGAAAGAGUUAUUGGUGAAGUAUUCUGAGCCAUGUAGUAAACUUCAGGAUAAGAGAACAGCGACUAUGAUUAGAUUAUUCAGGUAUGAGGGUGAUGGGAUAGAGGGGAAAGUGAUUUCUGAACCACACCGAGAUAUUGGUCUCUUAAGUCUUUCAAUUAGUGACGCUCCGGGUCUCGAGGUUUUUAACAUGCAAAGCAAAAGAUCUUUCCCUAUUGAACGAUCAUAUGAGGGAAUGUCUGCCGGGACCUUACUUGUGGGGAGGGGGUUAGAGUUCUUAAGUAAUGGCAGAUAUCUUGCUGGUGGACAUUCGGUACGUAUGUAUCCAAAAACUGUUGAGAACGAUCCAGCUGGGAAGGAGAAAGAAAAUGAACAGGAAAUGAAGCCCGAAAAAUACUACAGGUACUCGAUAGUUUUUAUAUUGCGAGGCCAUGAAGGAGUGGGAAUUGAUACGGAUGAAUUGAGAACACCGAUUACAGGGCGAUGGAAGAAACCAAUGGAGGGCUUGACCAUGGAGAAUCUAUAUAGGCGCUUCAUGAGUAAGCAUGUCAAUAUCAAUAUGGAUUUGGAGGAGAGGCAAGAGCAGAGAAAGAGAUUACAUGAGAAAUUAAAAGGGAGAAAGGGAGAGUAA